UAGCUGGUUUCAGUGUUGCGAUAACGUUUGUAUUCACCACGUGCUUUUCAACAGAUCCACGAGGAUGUCGUUCAGAAACGCCAGUUUGGAUGAGGAGCAUCCGCGGAAUCUGAUUCCUGAAUUGUGCAGACAGUUUUAUCAGCUGGGAUGGGUGACUGGAACCGGAGGUGGCAUCAGCAUCAAGCACGGAGAACAGAUUUACAUCGCUCCGUCCGGUGUGCAGAAGGAGCGAAUCCUUCCGGAGGACAUCUUCGUGCAGGACAUCAAGGGCAAGGAUCUGGAGCUACCGCCGCCCGAGAAGAAGCUGAAGAAGAGUCAGUGCACUCCGCUGUUCAUGUGCGCGUACACCUCGAGGAAUGCAGGCGCAGUCAUUCACACACACUCCAAAUCUGCUUUAUUGGCGACGAUGCUGUUCCCUGGAAAGGAAUUCAGAUGCACCCAUUUGGAGAUGAUCAAAGGAAUAAAGAACCAAAAGCUGGGAAGGAACAUGCGUUACGAUGAAGAACUCGUGGUGCCCAUCAUCGAGAAUACACCAUUCGAGGAAGACCUGAAGGACAGAUUGGCCGAAACCAUAGCUCAGUAUCCGGAAACUUGCGCCGUUCUGGUCAGAAGACAUGGCGUGUACGUCUGGGGCGACACUUGGCAGCAGGCUAAGACCAUGACCGAAUGUUACGACUACCUCUUCGACGUCGUCGUCCAAAUGAAACAGCUCAAUCUGGAUCCCAGUCUGACGCCGGAGAAGUACGAACUUAAGAUACAAAAAAAUAAGAUCUGAAUAUAAUUU